AUGGCAUCCUCAUCCUCAAAUGUCGUUGGUGUGCACUACCGAGUAGGCAAGAAGAUUGGAGAGGGAUCAUUUGGUGUUAUUUUCGAGGGUACAAAUCUGCUCAACAAUCAGCAAGUGGCGAUCAAAUUUGAACCCCGGAAGAGCGAUGCCCCCCAGCUUCGAGAUGAAUAUCGAACCUACAAGAUCCUCGUCGGAUGCCCCGGUAUCCCGAACGUUUACUACUUCGGCCAGGAAGGCCUCCACAAUAUUCUCGUCAUCGAUCUUCUCGGUCCCUCUCUCGAGGAUCUUUUCGACCGAUGCGGAAGGCGAUUCUCGAUCAAGACCGUCGUCAUGGUCGCCAAACAAAUGUUGUCGAGAGUGCAAACCAUCCACGAGAAGAACCUCAUCUACCGUGAUAUCAAGCCCGACAACUUCCUCGUUGGCCGCCCCAAGACCAAGGCAGCUAAUGUCAUCCACGUUGUCGAUUUCGGUAUGGCCAAGCAGUACCGCGACCCCAAGACGAAGCAGCACAUUCCCUAUCGCGAGCGAAAGUCCCUUUCGGGAACCGCUAGGUAUAUGAGUAUCAACACCCAUCUUGGACGAGAACAAUCGCGACGUGAUGAUCUUGAGGCCCUCGGCCACGUCUUCAUGUACUUCCUACGCGGAGGCCUGCCCUGGCAGGGCCUUAAAGCUGCUACGAACAAGCAGAAGUACGAGAAGAUCGGCGAGAAGAAGCAGACGACCGUGAUCAAGGAUCUCUGCGAGGGCUUCCCCGAGGAGUUCUCCAAAUACCUAACCUACGUGCGCAACCUCGGUUUCGAGGAUACCCCCGACUACGACUAUCUCCGUGACUUGUUCACUCAGGCCCUCCACAGCGUCGGCGAAGUCGAGGAUGGCGAAUACGACUGGGACAAGAUCCCUACCGAGUCGGGAAAGGGGUGGGACUCGGGGAAGCAUGGCCCCGGAUACCUGCACAACCCCAACGCCCGUCCCGGCCCUUCCCAGAUGGACCUUCACGGCAGCCGCCACGUAACAAACUCUACUCCCCACCAGCAAACCCAGAACCUCACUGUCGGCCGUUUAAACGCCGCGCAACCCCCCCCUCCUUCACCGAUCAAGCAGCUGAACAAGCCGAGAGAUCGGUCAAACGUCCCCGGCGGUCUAGCCGCGCCGAUGGGCAACGGGGUGGGGGGUCAUCACGGAAUGCCCACACCCAACGGCUCAACCCAGGCUCAGUUCCAGAACAGCACCCAGAACCUUCCACAGAGGCCAGCUCAAGCACCCCACAUGACGGCUCAGCCGCAAACCAGUAACGCACAACUCCCCAACGGUGCUGCCGCUACCCCGGAGCCUACCGGCUUCCAAAAAUUCAUCAAGGUCAUCUGCUGCGGCUAA